UUUGCGUGAUUAAGUAAACUUUUUACUCAUCAGCAAAUAGGUAACACCAUUGAAUGAAUGAUUAACUGUAUCUGCAAAACAGGGGAAUACACCAGGUCAUGAUCAUUGAAUUGAAGCAGUCUCUCAUCCUAUAAAACAUGCAAGAAUGAAACACAAUCAUUUGAACAUUCAAACGCUAACGCUGGAACGUAUUCGACUUCUACUUUUCCUCCAUGUUUGUUAUACACUUGUCAUCUUCUAACCGACUUGCCCUUCUGUAUAUAUAUACAGUUCAUGUUUAUGCAGCAGGUAGUUGGCAAAUUAUCCACUUAAAUUUUCUUGCUAAAUCGAAACUUUUCACCAAGGGACCAAAGAAGAAGGGGGUAUUAUCCCUAGGGACGACCUGAGUAACACAAAAUGGCUGACCAUCGUUUCAGUUUGAGCUUGGUUGGAUUGUUAAUGGUGGCAAUGGCAUUUUUGAAGGGUGCAAUUGCAGCUGAUUAUGAAGUGGGAGACGGUUAUGGGUGGGAUGUCCCCCCUAGUAACUCUAGUGAGUACUAUCCUAGCUGGGCAAAUAGAUAUGAAUUUAAGGUCGGAGAUUCAGCAGUAUUCAACUGGACUGGGAAUCACACGGCAGCUCAAGUAAGAAACCAGGCCGAUUACGAUAACUGCAAUACGAACGCUACGGAAAUGACUCUGUACGCAGUGGCUGGAGUAAGGGUGCCUUUUACCACAGAGGGAUUCCAUUACUUCAUCUGCACUGUUGGUACUCACUGUGAGCAAGGCCAAAAGGUGGCAUUCGAUGUUAUAGCUGCCGAUGAAUCAUCUGCACCACGUGCCACCUUGUUUUCCUUAUCCAUGUUUCUCUCGGCCCUGGCCAUCAUUAUUCAAGCAAUGUCCAUUGCUGAAACCAUUGUUUAUGCAGAGAGAUAGAAGACAUCUUAUACUGUAGAUUCAUUUUACAGGGAUUGUGUUGGAUGUUGGCGUGUUUGCCCCACAUGGAAAAGGGACCAAAUUAUGGCGCCUCAGGCGUUGUAUAAAAGGUCUUGUGCCUCCAUUUGUUUGCUUCCCAAUCUCUCCCACUUUCUUUAAUAUACUUACAGGUAUAUUUUUGGAAAUCCUUUUAAUUAAGGUUUCAUUAGUUUGUAACUUUUGUAAUAGUGAAGUUAUCAUCAAAAUAUUAAAUAAUCUCUCUGUAAAAUUUAUUUAAAGAUUCAUAUAUGUUCAUUAAUAAUAAUGUAAAUUAAGUAUUUAUACAAAA